CUUGAUUUUGAAACAGCGUCUAAAACAUGUGAUUAGUCAGCUGAAAUUAUCAUAUAGUACUUUAGCCAAGUUCAUGAACAUUGCAACCGGUAUGCCUUAAAUCGAUCGUAAUAGAAUUUAUCAGGAAGUUCAAGAGUAAGCGACAUGAUAGCAAGAUGGUAGUGAAACGAAAAAAGAAAAAUUCCAAAAAAAAUGGAGCUCAACAAAUAGACAUGCCAAAACAGCAGAUCGAUGAGGUUGAUGCGAAGCAGGUAAAAGAAAAAGAAACGUCUGAGCCCAAUUCCGAACCGACUAAGGAACCCCAGCAGAACGAUCCACCGCAGAACGACCAAUCCGACAGCCGAUUGCAAUGUAAGCUGAAGAAAGCACCUGAGAAAAAAGAAGAAGUGGACGAUGACGAUGAUGAUGUUGUUUUCUUCAAAACACUCGUACCGUACCUGAAGGGAAUGUCCACCGUGCAAAAGCUUCUUCUCAGGGCUGAAAUCCAAGCUGUCGUUUUAAAAUCGCAGAACAAGAAGUUGCAGAGCAGUUGUGACGAAGGCGACGAAAAACUGAAGAGAUCAUCAUCCAAUCAUUGAGCAGAACGCCAAGAAAAUGCAGUCACAAAAGAAGAGAGUAAAGCCUGUACGAAACGUUUAUAAAAAGAAAAAGACGAUACCAAAAAUUCGAAAGCAAUCCACCUCCUCCUUCUCUCAUGGUAGUUUGAUCAAACUGGCGGAAUUCGACUCCGCCCCUGAAAGCAGGGUAGUCAUCCAAAUGCCGGGUCCAAGUAAGUACCAGACACCCACUCGAAGUAGAAAAUCGACAAUCCCGGGUAAGAAUACGAAAAAGAAAAAAACCAUUUAUAAAACUACCGUACAGAGGGUGGCUCGCAGGAAAAAGAAAAAAGUCGUGAACCGUUAAGGCUGCAUUAUUCAACAAAUAUAAGCUCAACCAAAAUACUUAA